CUCUUUCUGCCCGCUUGCAUCGCCGCCGCGCUGUACGGUACCAUUUCGUAUAUCAUCAUACCGCUCAUCAGAAACUACCGCGAGCGAUACUCGCAAUAUCUGCCUCUUGAUACCGUCAAUCGACAUACGGAGGGAUUGCGAGAUCGCAUCAGCGACCUCGUACUGCGGCUGGUGAUUCCACGCAGACAGACGGUCUUCGAUGCUUCGGGAAGCCGAAGAGGGAGCAGAAGUGGCAGUGGAGAUCUGUUUAGUGAAGAAGAGGGCGAGAGAAUGGCUGGUUUCGAU